AUGAAGACAGACUUUCAGUUCUCCAAUCUGCUGGGGACCGUCUACAGCAGAGGCAACCUGCUGUUCACGCCAGACGGCACGUGUCUGUUGUCGCCGGUUGGUAACAGGGUGACUGUGUUUGACCUUGUCAACUCGAAAUCCUACACCCUUCCAUUUGCACACCGAACGAACAUCGCCCGCCUGGCCCUCAACCCUCGCGGCAACCUGCUCCUCUCAGUCGACGAGAAUGGCCGUGCCAUCCUGACGAACAUCCCCCGCCGGGUCGUCCUCUACCAUUUCUCUCUUCGCGGCGAGGUCACCGCCCUCGCUUUUGCGCCAUCUGGACGUCACUUCGCAGUAGGCAUUGGAAGGCAGAUCGAAGUCUGGCAGACGCCUUCGACACCAGACGUCGCGGAUGGCGAUCUCGAGUUUGCACCAUUCGUGCGACACCGAAUAUAUACGGGGCACUACGAUGCUGUGCAGAGCAUCGAAUGGUCGAGUGAUUCGAGGUUCUUCCUUAGCGCAUCCAAAGACCUGACAGCGCGGAUAUGGAGCAUCGAUGAAAAAGAGGGUUCUGCACAGACAACACUAGGAGGUCACAGGCAAGCAAUCGUGGGUGCAUGGUUCUCAAAGGACCAAGAGACGAUCUACACUGUCAGCAAAGAUGGAGCCCUGUUCAUGUGGAAAUAUAUGUUGCGAUACGAUGCGCCAGACGACGCCGAUGAGGACGACGAUGAUAACCUGCAAUGGGGCAUCGCGGAGCGACACUUCUUCAACCAGAACAACGCACAUGUCACCUGCGCUGGCUUCCACCCGGAAUCGAAGCUGCUGGUUACGGGCUUUUCGAACGGUACCUUCUUCGUUCACGAACUUCCCGAAUUUGCGCAAAUCCAGAGUUUGAGUAUCUCACAAAACGACAUCGACUACGUCGCAAUCAACAAGACGGGAGAGUGGCUGGCAUUCGGCGCAUCGAAACUUGGGCAGUUGCUCGUCUGGGAGUGGCAGUCAGAAUCGUACGUCUUGAAGCAGCAGGGACACUUCGAUUCAAUGAACACAAUCGCAUACUCUCCAGAGGGACAGCGGAUCAUCACCGCAGCUGAUGACGGCAAGAUCAAGGUGUGGGACGUAAACUCUGGUUUCUGCAUUGUGACCUUCACCGAGCACAUGGGCGGUGUGACAGUGUGCGAGUUUGCAAAGAGAGGCAACGUCUUGUUCACAGCCAGUUUAGACGGUUCAGUAAGAGCAUGGGACUUGAUCAGAUACCGUAACUUCCGCACAUUUACAGCACCAUCGAGGCUAUCCUUCUCAUCGCUAGCGGUCGACCCUAGCGGUGAAGUCGUAUGCGCAGGCUCGAUCGAUACGUCAGACAUUCACAUCUGGUCUGUGCAAACGGGGCAAUUGCUCGACACACUAUCUGGCCAUGAAGGGCCGGUCUCGUCACUAGCAUUCUCGCCAGACGCAUCGACAUUGGUGAGUGGAAGCUGGGACAAGACCGUUCGCGUCUGGAACAUUUUCGCUCGUACACAAACCAGCGAGCCUCUACAAUUGAUGGCAGAUGUCCUCUCAAUCGCUUUCCGCCCCGACUCGAAGCAAAUAGCUGUCACAACACUGGAUGGUCAAUUGACAUUUUGGAACGUGUCUGAUGCCGCUCAAGAGAAUGGCGUCGACGCUCGUCGCGAUGUGUCCGGUGGGCGCAAGAUGUCAGAUCGUCGCACGGCGGCCAACGUAGCCGGCACCAAGUCUUUCACAGCGGUCACGUACAGCGCAGACGGCUCCUGCGUUCUUGCAGGCGGCAACAGCAAGUAUAUCUGCUUGUACGACGUACAGUCAGGUGUCUUGCUCAAGAAGUUCACUGUUUCCGUCAACCUUUCGCUGGACGGUACACAAGAGUUCCUCAACAGCAAACUAUUGACAGACGCUGGGCCACAAGGCCUUAUUGACGAAACAGGCGAAGCUUCAGACCUCGAAGACCGACGCGACACCACACUGCCUGGCGCUCAAAAGGGCGUUGGCGCAAGACGAGUGCGUCCCGAAGUCAGGGUGCCUGCAGUGGCCUUCUCGCCAACAGGGAGGGCUUUCUGUGCAGCCUCAACAGAAGGACUUCUCAUCUACUCCCUAGACAACACAUUUCAAUUCGACCCUUUUGAUCUCGACAUCAGCGUCACACCCUCCACAACUCUCGAAACUCUCGCUCAACAAGAGUACCUCAAAGCACUUGUCAUGGCUUUCCGCCUCAACGAACGCAAUCUCAUUCGCCGCGUUUACGAAGCCACACCAGUCGAAGAUAUUCCUCUCGUCGUCAAGGACUUGCCAGCUAUAUACCUUGGACGAUUACUACGCUUCGUUGCUGCACAGGCUGAUGAAUCACCACAUCUCGAGUUCAACCUGGUCUGGAUCGAAUCGCUCCUCAGCAAACACGGACGAUGGAUGAAGGACAACAAGAGCGGCCUCGAGGCUGAGCUGCGGAGCGUAGAGAAGGCAGUCAGACGGAUACAGGCAGAGCUUGCGAGACUGGCGGAUGAGAACAUUUACCGGAUAGAGUAUCUGCUUGCGCAGCCCGUCGAGAAGACCACAAAGUCAAAGGAGCUUGACUUUGAGGUCAAGGCGAUAGGCAAUGGCGUUGUGGACGAGGAGAUGGCUGAUGGCGAGGACGAGGAAGACGACGGAGGUUGGGAAGGUUUCGAAUAA